AAAGAUAUCAAAAACCAAACAAACUUUGAACGCAAACAUUUGGAUCAUUACUUUGGAAUGCCGAAAAUUCAAAAAUAUAAUCAAAUUCAACAACACAGUAUUAUUACGGAAUUAAAUGAAUAUAAUAGAAGUUUAAAACAAGCAGUUUGUUCAACGUUAGUGAAAAAAUCCAAUCCAUCUUCAAAUACUGAACCUAUUGUCAAACGUGAAUCAAGUUCAAGUCCAAAGAUUGUUGCAUUUGAAAGAAAAAAGGUUUUCAAAUAUGAACCUAUCUACAUGCAGAAGAGGCAUUCGCUAACAUUUGGAGAAGAUUUCGAAAACAUCGAAGAAUUUAACAAGAAGCAUCAAGCUCCGCCAACUAUGAAGCCCAUGGAAAAACCAAGGCGGUUGUUUACAGAAGAUCAGCGAUCUCCCCAACCAAUCGUUCCAAAGGAUAAACCAAAAGGAUUUUUUACACCGCCAACAAUUAUGACAUCAUCAGUUCCAGAAGCUAGUGUGUUCUUCACCCCUAAAGAAGACGAAGAGAAGGAAUAUCGAUCAUCUGUGAAAGAUCGGAUAUCAUUUUUCAACAAACUCAUUAAAACUGAAGAAGUUCCUGCAAACUCUCAAAUACCAUCGCCAAAACCAAAAAAUACAUUCCUGUCAUUACUACGAAAAGAAGAACCACGAGAAACAAAAGCAUUCACUCGAAUGUCAAAUUUAGUAAGACAAGUUUCUAUUGUGAAAAACGCUUUCAAAAUUAAUCAUCAUCGUGAAUCAUUGACCAAAGUAACAUCAACGGAUUUCAAUACUGGCUCCAGAAGUUGCUCUCAUGUCUUCAAAUUUACUGCACAUACAUUACCAGCUCCAUUGAAGAGGAAACCAUCAUUUGAAAAGACAAAACCUCAAGCUUUGUCAUUGGGGAAAACAUUAAAUAAUUAUGGAACAAAUCCAAGGAGACAUCAUUUGAUGCAGGAUCUAUCAUUGGUUGUCCCUGUUAAAUUUAGAGUUGCUGAAUUUGAAAAGCAAAUGUCGUUGGAGCAAUAAUAUUAGUAAUUAA